UUAACUGCUGUAGUGACGACGAUGACUUAUAAAAACAUGUUGGAAGGUUACGCUAUGGUGACUGUCACAGCAGGACUUUACUUGUCGAUCUUCGGGAGCAUUGUUUGUGAUGAAAACGAAGUUAAUAUUGCCUUUGGAUCGAACCAUAUAAAGCCAUGGCGAACUGCCGGGAAUUUCAGUGGUGACUUUAUAAGGAGUCGACGGUUUGUGGUGGUUAAUGGCGACGGCGUGCCCGAGUACGGUGGCGCGGACGACGAUGACUACAAUGUCGUGUAUGACUAUGACGAUGGUAGUGGUGACCACGAUCACGACAACGACCACGACCACGGCUUUGACCACGACCACGACCACGGCUUCGACCACGAUCAUGGCUUCGACCACGACUACCAUGACUUCGAGGACGAUGACGACGACGACGAUCACGGUUUCGACGGUCCCGGUUACCAUCAUCACCAUCACGUGUGGUGGCAUCACUACUAUCACCACGGCGAACCACACUUACCGUUCCCACUAUUUCCACCAAUCUUCGUGUACAAGCGACACGGUUACCGCCGGUGCGAUAAAUGGCCGUUCGUGUGCAGGAGUACUUAUGAAAUGAUCCAAUGGCUUCAAUGUUAUCACGAAUUCCUUGCCAAGUCGGAAAUCAACGACGAGCAUGGCUUGCACGGGCUGGUCACUCACGCAUGGAGGAAGUUAACGGCAGGAUAGUAUCGAAUGUCAGGAUUUCGAAGGCGGUCGGAGUGGAAAAUCGUGAUUUUUACGACUAUUAUUUAUAACAUUGCGAUUUUUUUUUUAUUCCCAUAUUGGUAGAAGGAUUUAUAUUUCUAGACUGCCGGAAUGGUACCUUU